UUGAUGUUUAUUUGUUAUCGUGUCCCAUGUCAAGGAAUGGAAGCCGCGACAAUAUCAAAAUCCGACGCCCGUCCGCUCGCUUGUUUGAUUUUAUAUGAGGUUUUCGAAAAAUACGCGAUUACCGCGGCGGAAUACGAUCCCCGAGAUGCACACACGAUGAAGCAACAUGGAUGACGACAAGCCUUCGUCCUCUGACAGCAACUCAGAAAAUAAAGAUUUUACCAUCUUGGUGGAAGAUUGCGGUGUGGGACCACUUAGCAAUUAUGUCCCAUUACCAAGUACUAGUGAUCCAAAAGAGGUAGCAGAUGAUUCUGGACAGUUUGAAAGGAACAAUUGGAAGGCUGAUGCAAAAUCUCAAAAUAAGACUGUCAAAAUGAAGCAGAGCUGGCAUAGACUUCACAUGUCAGUAAAGACUAAAGGCACCAAACGAUUGGAAACAAAAUCAAAGAGGAAUGGUACUGGUGUGAUGGCGAAGGGGGCCAGGAGUAGGUCCACAGAAAAACGAGAGACCCUUAUAAACAUGGCUGGGGGAUCUAAAAAGGCCCCAGAAUACGCUCCAAAGAAGCAGAAAAGUAAACCACAAGAAGGGUGCUUGACGGUUAAAAAUACCAGAGGAAACUACGGCAAAGAAACAGAGAUACUCACAAAGAAUGACAAAGGGACAACUACUGACAGGUCUACAAAGAGUGUGAGGAGUAAAGGGACUCGGAGAAAGUCAGGCACAAACCCAGAGACUGACACAAUGAGGCUGAGUGGUAAAGACAAUGAGGAGUCUAUGAAAUCAGCAUCUUCAAAAGGGAAAAAGAGAACGCUUAACACAGAACCACAGACCCUCACAAAGAAGCCAGGGGAUAAACAUUCUGAGGAUUCUAAAAAGGCUAUGCUGGUUAAAGGGACAAGGAGAAAGUUCAGUCCAGAACCAGCGACCUUUCAAAAGAAACCAACCGAGGGACUUGUGAAAAGCGGUUCAAUUAAAAGGAUGAAGACAAUAUCUAGUGCAAAACCAGAGACAUUUGUAAAUAAACCAAGGACUCAAUCCUCUAAGGUGUGUGAGGAAGGAGAGACCAAAUGUACAGAUAUCCUUAUGGAGAGGUGUGUGAAAACUUUGCCAGCAACACUGGAUACCCUCUUAAGGGACCAGAGUGGAAUACCCACUAAGUUGUCCUUGGUGUUCUUUGGGGAGAAAAAGACAGAGACAUCGAGUGAGAGGAGUGACGUCAUCCCACCCAGGUACAACGAUCCAUCAACCACCCAACAAGUCGCAACCAAUCGAGCCUUGUUUGCCCAGAAAUAUCACCAACUUGAGAAGCUUGGCGAAGGAGGCUUUGGAUCAGUUUAUGCCGGUUACAGGAAGACCGAUUACUUUCCGGUUGCAAUCAAGUACAUACCCAAAGAGGUCAAAUGUGUCCUAUUGAACAUCAACGGAUUGAAGAAAGACAUCCCUGUAGAGGCAUUACUCAUGCUACAAGCGUCAAUUAAAAAGAAUUCUAAGGGACAAUCUGCAGUUGUGUCAUUGUUGAACAAAUAUGAUCUGGAGCACGAUAUUGUUCUGGUCAUGGAGAGACCGGUGCCAUCUGUGGACCUGUUCACGUACAUUACUCGAUGUCGACUUGGCACCCUGCAGGAGUAUGAGGCACAGAACAUCAUGAAGCAGCUGGUGGACGCAGCUAUCAACAUGCACGCUGUGAAUGUUUUCCAUCGAGAUUUAAAGCAAGAAAACAUUCUGCUGGAGGCCACUUCCGGUGUCCCUCGAGUACGGAUCAUUGACUUUGGCUGUAGCUGCUUUGCAUCCAAUGGGCCUUACCAGAACUACAACGGAACCCAGUGUUACGCUCCUCCAGAGUAUGUUCUAAGACAGACAUACAGCGCUGGUCCAACCACGGUGUGGCAUCUAGGUGCUCUUCUCUUUGAGUUGAUGGCUGGAACAAAGCGGUUUGACACCACCAUGUUCCUUUCCCAGAUGCUACGAUUGAAUAGGGUUCUGUCAGAAGAAUGUGAAGAUUUUCUGUGGAAAUGCUUGAAUUUGGAUCCAGAGAAGCGUGCCACCUUGGAGCAGAUGCAGCAGCACCCGUGGCUCAUAUGAUAAUGCACAGAAGCCUUUCCCCAAUGUCACUUGUAUGAUACGUCGAUGAGGGAAAUACCUCAAAUAUCUUUCAGAAGAGUUUGGAUGAAAGUUGGGUACAUCACAUUUAUUUAUAAGGGACCAAGUCACAGACCUAAACAGCCCAGUUUCAGAAAACUACUAAUGUUGCAUUAUCCCAACGUUGGAAACAAUAUUUACACGCUCACAGUUUGGCUUAUGAUGUCUGGUGAAAUUCUGAGUCAACCAUCAUCAAUUUGAAGCUUCAACAUAAUGCAUUUUUAUGCUUAACCUAAUGAUAAUUUGUAGGUAUUUGCAUACUUGCCAACCCUCCCGAAUUUUCCGGGAGACUCCCGAAUUUCAGUGCCUCUCCCGCAAAUCUCCCGGGAAUUUCUACCGAUUUCCAGCCGGACUUAAGGCACGCCGCCUCCAGGACCGUGCGGACCUGAGUGAGGACAGCCU